ACUAUAUUCUGUUUCUGAUCUCCGAGUCUAAUUUCACUAUGGAGCCCCACGUUGUAUCCGGCGAUAAAGUAACCAACAUACAGUUUUUUUCACAUUCUGCAUUUAUAUCAGUCUGCAAAGGAGAAUGGUUUGUCUGUGGUUCGUCACUACUCAACCAGAGAAUCCUCAUAACAGCCGGGCAUUGCAUCACAGGGCGCAGAAAGAUAGUAAAAAUAUAUGCUUACACUGGUCAUGUUCGAUAUCAAAAAGGAUUGAAAAUUCCCGCAUCAAAUUUUAUAGUUCAUCCGAAGUAUGGGAAAAACCCAAUGCAACAUGAUAUAGGCUUAGUAAUGCUACAAGUAGCCGUGCCAUUUGGUUUAAAUAUUACACGUGUUGCAAUAUAUCAAUCUAGAUUGCCAAUACCAGAGGGCGCUGUUGCAGGCUGGGGACUUAUAAACAAGGAAAUGCGUAUUACCACGGAUUUCUUGUACGCAACCAAACAAAAAAUCUGGAGUCUUGACGAGUGCAGACAUGUGUUAACACGUACACUAUCUGAGGGUUUUAUAUGCGGAGGUGACCUUAACAUCAAAAGUUUUACAGCUAAAGGUGAUUCAGGGAGUGCUCUUAUUGUGGACAAAAUAACCCAAGUUGGGUUGGUAUCACAUAAAAUACCAAACAAAUCCAAAAGUCUGACCGUAUAUACCGAUGUCUCAUAUUAUUAUUACUGGAUCGUAGAAAAUUCUCUCGCUUUAUUUAAUAAAGAAAAUCCGUGUACGACCGAUGCUAAUAAACAGGUCAAUGCCGAUGUGACGUGCAAGUAUGCCAGCAUUAAUGAAGUCAUCCGCAGGGCAUUUACUGCUCUUAAUAAACCAGCUAUUUUACAGCCAAAUAUUAGCUGCCGUGAUGGCAAGCGUCCUGAUAGGACCCUGGUGUCAUGGGUAUGGGGAAGGGCGCUGGUGUGGAAUGCAACUUGCAUCGACAAUCAGGCUCCUCAUCAUGUCCAAGUUACAGGCGAUUCCGGCAGUGCUCUUAUAGUAGAUGAUUACAUUCAGGUUGGAAUAGUGUCACAUAAAAUUCCGCGGGCUUCUAGAAGUUUAACCUUGUAUACAGACACUUCAUACUAUUACGAUUGGAUCAGGGACAGUGUUAGAUUUUUGCACUGUCGUAAUUCUCGAAGAAAUUCAUGCUCGUUUACAUAG